UAAUGAUAAUUCAAAUUUAUGAGGCAAUUGAAAAAUUGCUUGCAAACUAAGAUUAUCAUCAUUUUGAUUCUGUUUGUUAUGUAGGACUGAAACAUAGUUUAUCAAUUUAUUUCUUAAUACUUAUGUAAGGAAAUAAUUAACUAUAAAAGUUCUUUCAUAUUAUACCUCCAUUAAACUUAAACUAUAAUGAGUGGGAUAGCAUAUAUGAGAUUAAAGAAAGUAUGGCCAUUGAUGAAGAAUGAUAAUGUUUGUUCUCUCUUUUUAACUUUAAUUAGCUCUUACCCUUUAUUUUUGGAUAUACAUUUACUUAGACUAAACCUAUUUAUUGGCCUAAUUUUAUAUGUUAUUGACAAGACAACAACUAUAAUCUAAAAAUUGCCAUACUUUCGAAUAAUGAUCUUGGAUAUUCUCUGCAUGUUUUUUGUUGAAAUUUUACAUUUAUUAUGCUAUACAAACUUCUAUAAAUUAUGCAGAGUAUUCGUUGAAUUUAUUCGAAUAAUGUUGUGGCUUUUAAUAAUUGUUUAUAGAUAACAGGAUAAAUCUAGAGUUUUGCUCUAUGCUAGUGUAACAUUAUAAUUUUGUUGGGUGUACAUUUACUUUUUCAAAAAUUGA